GGGACCACCUCCCGUUUUGCAUCUCGCUGAGUGGACUAUGGUGGCAGGAAGAUGUUGGCUCGGAAGAGUAUCAUCCCUGAAGAGUAUGUGCUGGCACGGAUCGCUGCCGAGAACCUGCGCAAGCCGCGCAUCCGAGACCGGCCGCGCAAAGCCCGCUUCAUCGCCAAGAACGGGGCGUGCAACCUGGCGCACAAGAACAUCCGUGAGCAGGGGCGAUUCCUGCAAGACAUUUUCACCACCUUGGUGGACCUGAAGUGGCGUCACACGCUGGUCAUCUUUACCAUGUCCUUCCUGUGCAGCUGGCUGCUCUUCGCCAUGAUGUGGUGGCUGGUGGCUUUUGCCCAUGGCGACAUGGACCCAAGCACAGAAAGCACUACAAACAGCACGAAGUGGACACCGUGCGUGACGUGUGUCAGGUCUUUCACUUCCGCUUUCCUCUUCUCCAUUGAAGUUCAGGUGACCAUUGGUUUUGGGGGCAGGAUGAUGACAGAGGAAUGUCCCUUGGCCAUCACGGUCUUGAUCCUGCAGAACAUUGUGGGUCUGAUCAUCAACGCGGUCAUGCUGGGAUGCAUAUUCAUGAAAACCGCGCAAGCUCACAGGCGUGCCGAGACCUUGAUUUUCAGCCGGCAGGCGGUCAUUGCAGUUCGGAACGGCAAGCUUUGCUUCAUGUUUCGAGUGGGUGACCUCAGAAAGAGCAUGAUCAUUAGCGCCUCAGUGAGAAUCCAGGUUGUGAGGAAGACAACAACCCCUGAAGGAGAAGUCAUACCCAUUCACCAAGUAGACAUCCCUGUGGAUAACCCCAUUGAAAGCAACAAUAUUUUCCUCGUGGCUCCCUUAAUCAUUUGUCACGUCAUAGACAAGCGGAGUCCUCUUUAUGAUAUCUCCGCUGCUGACCUGGCACUCCAGGACCUGGAGCUCAUCGUGAUACUUGAAGGAGUCGUAGAAACGACUGGCAUCACGACGCAGGCGAGAACCUCCUACAUAGCAGAGGAAAUCCUGUGGGGUCACCGCUUCGUGCCCAUCGUCACUGAAGAGGAAGGCGUGUAUGCAGUCGACUACUCCAAGUUCGGCAACACCGUCAAAGUGGCAGCACCACGUUGCAGUGCUCGAGAGCUCGAUGAGAAGCCGUCCAUUCUCAUCCAGACCCUGCAGAAGAGCGAGCUGUCCCACCAAAACUCCCUGCGGAAGCGCAACUCCAUGAGGAGAAACAACUCCAUUCGGAGGAGCAACUCCAUGCGGAGAACCAACCCCUCCCUCAUCGUGCCCAAAGUACAGUUCAUCACGCCUGAGGGGAGCCAGAGCGCCUCAGAAACGUGA